CCGCCCCGGGACCUGUGCGCGCGCACCGCCUCGCGCCCGCUUCCCUCAAAGACUCCAGCGGCGGCCCGCCCGGCUCCUCAGUGACCUGCGCGCUGCGGCUGCGGAUGAUCACCCUCAGGCGGCAGCACUGACUGGACUGGAGCUGGCACGGUCUGGUCUUUUUGAAUAAAAUGAAGUACAUUCUAGUCACUGGUGGUGUUAUCUCAGGAAUUGGAAAGGGGAUCAUUGCCAGUAGCAUUGGGACAAUUUUGAAAUCAUGUGGCUUACAUGUAACUUCAAUUAAAAUUGACCCAUAUAUCAAUAUUGAUGCCGGAACAUUCUCUCCUUAUGAGCACGGUGAAGUUUUUGUACUUGAUGAUGGUGGGGAGGUAGACCUUGACCUGGGCAAUUAUGAACGGUUCCUUGACAUCCGUCUCACCAAGGACAAUAACCUGACCACUGGAAAGAUUUACCAAUAUGUUAUUAACAAGGAGCGUAAAGGAGACUACUUGGGAAAAACGGUUCAAGUUGUCCCUCACAUCACAGAUGCAAUACAAGAGUGGGUGAUGAGACAGGCAUUAAUUCCGGUAGAUGAAGAUGGCAUAGAACCUCAAGUGUGCGUGAUUGAGCUUGGAGGGACGGUAGGAGAUAUAGAAAGCAUGCACUUCAUUGAAGCCUUCCGCCAGUUUCAAUUCAAAGUCAAACGAGAAAACUUCUGCAACAUUCAUGUCAGCCUCGUUCCACAGCCAAGCUCUACAGGGGAACAGAAGACUAAACCUACCCAGAAUAGUGUUCGUGAACUCAGAGGACUUGGACUUUCACCAGAUUUGGUGGUGUGCAGGUGCUCCAAUCCUCUUGACACCUCAGUGAAGGAGAAGAUAUCCAUGUUCUGUCAUGUCGAGCCAGAGCAAGUGAUCUGUGUCCAUGACGUUUCUUCCAUUUACCGAGUCCCUCUGUUACUAGAAGAGCAGGGUGUUGUGGAUUACUUCCUUCGAAGACUUGACCUGCCAAUUGAGAGGCAACCAAGAAGGAUGCUGAUGAAGUGGAAGGAGAUGGCUGACAGGUAUGAUCGUUUGCUGGAAACCUGCUCCAUUGCUCUGGUUGGCAAAUACACCAAAUUCUCGGACUCCUACGCCUCUGUCAUUAAAGCCUUGGAGCAUUCUGCCCUGGCCAUCAACCACAAACUGGAAAUAAAGUAUAUAGAUUCAGCUGACUUGGAACCAAGUACUUUACAAGAGGAACCUGUCCGAUAUCAUGAAGCUUGGCAGAAACUCUGUAGUGCCAAUGGAGUGCUGGUUCCAGGGGGGUUUGGUGUUCGUGGAACAGAAGGGAAAAUUCAAGCCAUCUCCUGGGCACGGAAACAGAAAAAGCCUUUCUUAGGUGUGUGCUUAGGAAUGCAGCUGGCAGUGGUUGAAUUUUCACGAAGCGUUCUGGGUUGGCAAGAUGCCAAUUCAACAGAGUUUGACCCUAAGACAAGUCAUCCUGUGGUAAUCGACAUGCCAGAACACAAUCCUGGGCAAAUGGGCGGCACCAUGAGACUUGGCAAGAGGAGGACCCUCUUCCAAACGAAGAACUCAAUCAUGAGAAAGCUGUAUGGGGAUCCCGAUUACUUGGAGGAAAGACACCGGCACAGGUUUGAGGUGAAUCCAGUCUUAAAAAAGUGUUUGGAAGAACAAGGCUUGAAGUUUGUGGGCCAAGAUAUUGAAGGAGAACGAAUGGAGAUUGUGGAGCUGGAAGAUCAUCCAUUUUUUGUUGGCGUUCAGUAUCAUCCCGAGUUCUUGUCCAGACCAAUCAAGCCGUCUCCCCCUUACUUUGGCCUCUUGUUGGCCUCAGCUGGAAGGCUCACUCACUAUCUCCAGAAAGGCUGCAGACUCUCUCCCAGGGACACCUACAGUGACCGGAGUGGGAGCAGCUCUCCUGACUCUGAAAUCACCGAGUUGAAGUUCCCAUCGAUAAAUCAUGACUGAUGCCUGGGACAACUCUGCCACGGAGCCACUGGAUUUGGAUGGAACUUACAGCCUUGAAUUUACUGUCAGCAUUUAUGUUUUUUAAUUAAAAUCAUUUUAUUACGGGGGAAAACCAUUUCCCAAACUUUGUCAGUUAUUGCAUGUCCCAUCGUGUAGACUUGGAUGUUCCCCUCCCCCUUCUGUGAUGCACUGCCCCCUUCCCAGGCCCUGAUGAGUGUGUUGGGGUGCCUAGGGAGAUGUUAAACAGAAGGAAGGCUUCAGAGGCAGUGGGUGGCAGCGGUGGCUUAGGUAACCUUUGCUUGAAAAAGUGCUGUUUCUUUCUUCUCCUGUCACCGAUGGAGAUGCCGAUAGGCCCUGCAAGCCCAGCCUUCUCCAGAUGGCAUGGGCCACAGGGUCAUUUGAAAGCUUGUGCUUUAUGAUAGAGUUCAGGUGAAUUGAGACUGUCUCAUGCCACCAAGGGAGGAGAAAUCCAAGGAAGAUUGUGAUCUGCUCUGAGCUGGGAAGGGGAUCAGCCCUAUCUGGGCCCAGUGUACUUGGUGUAAAUCAUGUGAAAUGCCAUUAACCCCAAAGCCCUGGGCUGCCUGUUCCAACCUGCCUCCAAGACCAGGAGAGUCCUCCUUGCAUCAAGGGGUGGCUUUUAAAAGGAACAUAGAACUAACUCCUUCUCAGGCGCUUGGAGGUGGUGACAAGCUUUGCCUUUUAAAAAAAAAAAGCGUGGGGGGGGGUCUCUUCCCAAAUGGUGUUAAUGUAAGUGUAAGAUGCUAUUUUCUUAUGUGCUGUAACUAGGGAUGGAGCUGCCUUCCCACAGUCCUCUAGCCAGACUUUGUGUAUUUUGUCAAUGGAAUAAAAACAAAACUACCCAGUU